AAUUCUCAGUAGCCCUGGAAAUGGGAAAGUCCAGGAGGGAAAGGAAGCUAACCAGAGGCCAUUGGAAGGGAGUUUAGUUGUGCCGGUCAGCCAUCAGCAUGCCUACUGCCCACCUCCUUCCCAAACAAGUCCAGUGGACAGAGACCCCACAGGAGAGUUGGAAACACAAAGACAUGUAAUGGAGUGUCCUUGGAGAUGAAGCCAUCGCUCGAUGGUAGAGCAUCUUGCUUUGCAUAUAGAAAGUCCCAGGUUCAAUCCCUGGCAGCAUCUCCAGGUCUCCCAAAGGGGUGAACACAUCUCAAUACUGCCUAAAGAAGAGCUGGGUCUGUGAGCGAGUCCUCCUGCAACUUGUUCCCAGAAGUGGCUAAGCAGACGCCUCUUGAGAAGCCCACACGCGGGACAGGGGAACAGCAGCGCACCUGGCUGGCACUCAGAGCCGUAUAGCAGCUGGUGGCCAGAACAGUUGAGAGAGAGAGAGAUCUUGACUGAACAUAAAGAAGCAGAGUCAAAGGAGAGCUAAUUCACAAGAGGUGCUCUUGAGGAUGGACUGCCAAAGCCGAAAGCCACAGCACGAUUCGGGGAUGGAGUGAAUCAAGAAGCCUCUGAAUGUGCCUCCUCGGCAGGGCACCUGCUGGCAGACAAGGAAGGCACUUUGGCCCUGGUGCCAGGCCAGACUUGGGGUCGAAGAGCCAAACCCGGGAGGCCAGCGCAGCUGCAAAGCAACAGUGCCGUCUGGAGGCAGAACCCGAGAAUCGUUUCAGAUCCCUGACGGAGAAAAGUCCCAAGUGUGAGGAAGAGGAGGAGAGGUGUCAACUCCAGCCCUCGAGCUCGCCUCUGAAGGCGAGCCUCUCCCUCAAGAGAGCAAAGGAAAAGAAACGGAAGGAAGCAGGCCUGGGACAAGCUUAGCGCACCUCUACAGACCUUCCGCUAUGACAGGAUUCUCUCUGGAGCAGAAGCAGCGCUUAGCCAAAGACAUCACCCGUGUCCUCUCCCUCUACAGCUUCAUCGCAGAUGCCUACAUCAUCGAGUUUUUCACAGAUAAUCUGUGGGGAAGCCUUCCAGUUUCCUGGCAAGAAGCCCUGGCUGAUCUCUCAUCCCCACAGCUGGCUACGCUCCUGUUGGAGAAUAGAAGCUCCCUGGAAGUCAGUUACAGCUCCGUGUGGCCACUCACCCUCUUGGCCUUCAAAGCUACUGCUCACACCUUGGCCUUUCCCAGGAGGCCCAGGGGCGAGGCGGGGUCAUCGACCAAUGGGAGGCCAGAGGAAUUCAGGGAGAACCAGUGUCAGAGUGUGAAACUGAACCCGCUCUUCCGGAAGCACGUGAAGCCCAAAAAGCAGCACGAAAUCCGACAGCUUGGACAGGUGGUGAAGAAGCUGAGUGACCUCACUGGGUGCCGUCAUGUCGUCGAUGUUGGCUCUGGGCAGGGCCACCUCUCUCGUUUCCUCUCAUUCGGUCUCGGUUUAUCUGUCACCGCCAUAGAGGGAGACCUGCAACUGGUUAACCAGGCGAGCAGGUUUGACAGGGAGCUGAUGCUGGCCCUGAAGAAAGAGCAAGCCCGAGGAGCUCACGCGAGGAGACGCGCCGAGGAUUUCGGCGGUCAAGACGCCAACCAGGAGGAGCCUCCAAACGGCCUCUCUCUCCGCAGACCAAGGCACGUGGUGGGAUGGGUCGACCCCAGGGCACCGUGGCAAGACUUCUUAAAUUUGCUGAAAGACAGGCCGGGCGAGGAAGGGCUUCCUAUGGCGGGCGAUGCUCUGCCUCGGGCAGACGGAACCCAAGAUCGAAGCCCGGGUUUCCCCGGGGGAGCUGAAGAGGAGCGCAACCCGCCCAGCAUGCACCUUGAGGAAGGAACAGUGGAGAAUGGCGAGGAGGAGGCCGAUGGGGGAGAAGAGGGCCCAGCCUCCCAGGGACAAGAGCUUUGGGGAAGGGGAGACGGGGGCCCUCCUGGCAGCCCCUCGCCUGGAAGCCAGGUCCUACUCACAGGCCUGCAUGCCUGUGGCGACUUGAGCGUGGCCCUCCUCCGGCAGUUUGUCCGCUGCCCCCACGUGGUGGGCAUAACUUCCGUGGCCUGCUGCUACAUGAAGCUGUCCACCCAGGAGGUCCCCACCCCGGAUGCCCUGGCGCACCUCUCGCCUGGCUGCGGCUACCCCCUGAGCGCCUGGGUGUCGGCUCUGCCCAGCCACCAGCUGACCUACAAGGCCCGGGAAGGGGCCUGCCACGCCCGCGAGGACUACGCCCUGCGGCUGAAAGGGGAGAGCGCCACCCUGCGGACGCACUGCUUCCGGGCCAUGCUGGAGACGGUGAUCCGGGCUGCUGACCCGGCCAAGAGGCGCCUCGGGGUGCAGACCAUCAACAAGGCUCACUGCUUGAGCUUUGAAGAGUACGCUCGGCUGGGGCUGGAGCGUGUCGGGCUGGACCCAAACGUGAGCCUGGACUUGCCUUCCCUCACCUCCAUGCUGGCCCAGCAGCAGAAGGUGGUGGCUUUCUUCAGCCUGGCCCUGCUGCUGGCUCCUUUGGUGGAGACCCUAAUCCUCCUGGACCGAAUGAUCUACCUGCAGGAGCAAGGUCUCCAGUGUGAGCUCGUCCCGCUCUUCGACCCCACCUUCUCACCCCGGAACCUGGUGCUGGUGGCCGCAAAGACGGAGCUGAGCUCUGCUCUCUCCAGCCUGGCGGUGGAAGAUGAGGACGAGGAGCCUUCCCAGUCCAAACCAGGACACACCUGGAUCCAGGGGCAGACCUGCUCCUGCCCAUGUUCCUCUGCAGCGUCAGGCCCCCCAACUGGAGGACGGCAAGGAAGGCGGCAGAAAGGCUCCAACUGUGGACAAAGCGACACUCCUUAAAACUCACAGCAGCGACCACAAUCAACGUGGCUCCUCUGAAAUCGAGGCUGUGGCCCCCUCGUCUCUUUCAGCUAAACAAGCAGCAUGUGCUUUGAAAACAUCCAUGGAUGCCAAAUCCAAUGUAGGGCUUUAAAAUGAGGGCAAGCAGUCCAGCUGCACCCACCAGCUUCGGGAAGGAGAGCUGAAGGGUAAGAAGGAAAACCGAAUCGCCAAGAAGAGAGAGAGGUGCUUCUACAAAAGACAUGAGAGGUUUCCCCACCGAAAAUCCUUUAUAAGCGUAGCUGUGCCGGUCUGGGGCUCUGUAUUGGGCGUGAGCCCGACCAUGGAUCCAAGGUUGAAGGGGCCCUGCUCAGAUCCCAAGGCAGGCCGAGGGUCUUUCCAAGACCAGGAAGCUAAGCACAGUCCAAGCGGCGACAGGGAUGUUAAUACCAAUAAGACUUUCUGAAACUGCGGGUCUCCACGAUUCCCUUCAGUUCCAUAAUCUCCUCUUGAAACGUCUUCAGGGCGGGCGUGUAGGUCUUCUCCAAGGCAUCCUCCACCGACGUGUCCUUGGGGCCAUCUUGAUGGUGGGUGCAGAUGCAGGAAGGAGAGGGAGGAGGGAAUAAGACACACCGUUAAGCCGACAAACCAGAACACCCUUUAUAUUACAGUGCAGCUGCUGGCUACUUCCCCACACUCCAUCUUAAAAAGAAAUGUUCUAGUCCUCAUGGUUAUGGAGGCUGAGCCUGGAAACAAGGAGCCGUCCAGCUGAAGCAGCCAGCACUCCUCCGAAAGCCUUCGGAAACAUGCCAGGCGCUCCCUCCUUCCCGUUUGGAUUUCAAAGAAGCCACUCACCUGUCCACUGCUCUGGAAUAAUGCCGUCCUCCCUCUGUUCAACUGGCUUCGGGAUGAUCCUGCCGGUCCUGAGGGAGACGCGCACUCGCUCGCCCUCCUCAGUGUAGCGCCAUUCGACUUCGGUGGGCUGCCUUAAGUGAGGCACACAGGAGCAGGCAGGGUUAGUGUGAGUCGAUGCAGCAAGCAACCAACAGUGCUUUUACAAAUUAAAUAUAUAUAUAUAUA